UUUCUAUUUGCGACUACAAAUCUUGUCCCGCGAGUUCACGAUUGACAACCUGCAAUGCUUCAACAUCAUUCCUCUAGGUGACCACCGCUCGCGCCGAGCAUAUAGACAACAUGGCUCGAACAUACAAUAUCGCUAUGGCUAGCGACUUCUUCUUCCCACAGCCAGGAGGAGUCGAAAGUCACAUUUACCAGCUGUCCACGAAGCUCAUCGAUCGAGGCCACAAAGUCAUCAUCAUUACCCACGCUUAUAAGGGUCGCACCGGUAUUCGAAACCUGACGAACGGCCUGCGAGUCUACCACAUCCCCUUUCUCGUCGUGUUCCGAUCUGCUAGUUUUCCAACCGUCUUUUCAGCCUUUCCCAUCAUUCGCAAUAUCCUCAUCCGAGAACAGAUCGAAAUCGUCCACGGCCAUGCCAGUUUGAGCACCUUUUGCCAUGAAGCCAUUCUGCAUGCGAGGACCAUGGGUCUCCGGACCGUCUUUACCGACCACUCGCUUUUUGGAUUCGCCGAUGCUAGCAGCAUCUUGACAAACAAGAUUCUCAAGUUUUCCCUGAGUGAUGUGGACCACGUUAUUUGUGUUAGCCAUACCUGCAAGGAGAAUACCGUCCUCCGAGCAUCUCUAGAUCCCCUCAUGGUUUCAGUCAUACCUAACGCCGUCGUGUCUGAGAACUUCCGUCCACUCGAUUAUCCCCCCACCGACGCCAAUAAUGCAUUUGGCCAAAAUCCACCUCCCGCACAUCACCUGGGACCGAACGAUGUAGUCACAAUCGUCGUGAUAUCUCGUCUCUUCUAUAACAAGGGAACGGAUCUCCUAACGGCUGCGAUCCCUCGCAUCCUCGAGAACCACCCGAACACGAGGUUCAUCAUUGCAGGCUCAGGACCCAAGGCCAUUGACCUCGAACAAAUGAUUGAACAAAACGUCUUACAAGAUCGGGUAGAAAUGCUGGGACCUAUUCGGCAUGAAGAAGUACGCGACGUCAUGGUUCGCGGCCAUAUUUACCUCCAUCCUAGUUUGACGGAAGCCUUUGGUACUGUCAUUGUAGAAGCAGCCAGUUGCGGGCUGUACGUGGUAUGCACUCAGGUUGGUGGUAUUCCUGAGGUCCUGCCGUCGCACAUGACUGUCUUCGCCAAGCCAGAAGAAGACGACCUGGUCGCUGCAACUGGAAGGGCUAUUGCUGCGUUGCGAGCAAACAAGAUUCGGACUGAACGUUUCCAUGAGCAAGUCCAGAAGAUGUACUCAUGGACAAAUGUUGCUGAACGCACCGAGCGCGUGUACCAGGGAAUCACGGGCGAGCUCAGCGAAGCCGAAUUCUACGGUUAUGACGCUGCCAAUUCUUCGACGUUCGGCAACAGUCGAGUGCGGUCUUUCGCCCUCAUCGACCGACUCAAGCGAUACUACGGCUGUGGUAUCUGGGCUGGCAAGCUCUUUUGCCUCUGUGUCAUUGUUGACUACUUGCUAUACCUGUUCUUGGAACUUUGGUUCCCGCGAGAGGAAAUCGACAUUUGCCCCGAAUGGCCGCGAAAGGUUCCUCAAGACGCGGAAGACUCUAAGGAAGACUGA